AUUAUUUUUUAAUUUUUUUGUGGAAAAAGAGCGCUUAACAGGAUUUUGUGUUGUUCUCAAGAACCACCUUCCUUCUUCCCUCCCUCUCUCUCUCUCUCUCUCUCUCUCUCUCUCUCUCUCUCUCUGACUCUGAUUCUGAUUCUCCAUAGCAAAAAUGUCCAACGGCGACGACCCAAUGGAGGAAACAAAUGGGGAUUCGUUUCACCAAGCAGUGAGGCAAGGGUUGAAAGACCGAUCAAAGAAAGUUGCUCAAACCAAAGAGAUUUUGUCGAAACAAGCGGUUCAGACCAGAGAGAUCCUCUCAAAGCAGGCUGUGAAGAUCGUCAAGCAAGCUGAGGAACACGAAAAGUUCAUCAACAAGGUGACGCAUCUUGUGGGGGUUCUCGGUUUCGGUGGAAUUUGCUUCCUCUUAGGAGCAAGACCGCAAGACACUCGAUAUGUAUAUUGUUUGUUCUAUGUCAUCUUUGUUCCUCUUCGUUGGAUAUACUAUCGGUUCAAGAAGUGGCAUUACUAUCUUCUGGACUUUUGCUACUAUGCCAAUACGAUAUUUUUGGUUGACCUGCUUCUUUAUCCAAGGAACGAAAAGUUUUUCAUGGUUUGCUUCUCAUUUGCUGAGGGGCCGUUAGCAUGGGCAUUGAUCGUUUGGCGUUGUAGCUUGGUUUUUAGUUCUCUUGACAAAAUUGUUAGUGUCCUCAUACAUCUUUUACCCGGGUUAGUUUUCUUCACCAUUCGAUGGUGGGAUCCAGCAACUUUUGCAGCCAUGCAUCCGGAAGGAACUUCUCGCAGAGCUUCAUGGCCUUACGUAGAAGACAAAUCCUACCUUUGGUUAUGGCUCUUUUGGGUCCCCUUGUUUGCUUACACCCUCUGGCAGGCUUUGUAUUUCCUCAUUGUCAAUGUUUUACGCCGGCAAAGGCUGUUGAGAGAUCCCGAAGUCAUGACUUCUUACAGGGAGCUCUCAAAGAAGGCGCAGAAAGCAAACAAUGUAUGGUGGCGCUUGAGCGGUUUGCUUGGGGAUCAGAAUCGCUUGCUCAUGUACAUUCUACUCCAAGGCGUAUUCACUGUGGCGACAAUGGCGCUCACAGUCCCUAUCUUCCUGUCAUAUGAACUGCACGUUAGCUUCCAAAUACUCAAGGUUUCCGCAACUGUAUGGAACGGAGGAAGUUUCUUGCUCGAGGUAAUGCCGAGGCAAGUGAUUCUCAAGGAGAAGAAGAAAUCAGAAGUGCAGCCACACAAACUCAGGGGGAUCAAUCGUUGGAUUGUGAUCAAAUGACAAGUAAUCCAGUCGAGGCAUCCCCAAGUCCUGUGAAGUAGUAGGCUGUGUAAUUUUGUGUUCCUAGAACUUAGCUUUUAUUUGUAGAAGGUUCAUAUUUCUUUUCCAGACUGAUGGGAAAUGAUUUGUUUGUGUACAAAUUUGCAAAAAAUGAAAUUCGGACCGUUACGUGCAAGAACCUUAGUUAUCUCUCUCUA